UUUUCACCCUGAACUGAAUAGUUUUGCCAUUGUAUUUGCCGAGAACCUUCUCGGUACAACUUCAGUAACUGUUGGAUCAUUUUUGGUAUAGGACAUUUUAUGAUCUAAUCUUUUUAUCAUUUGACGUAUUUUAGCUAAACCAUGUCGAGACAACAAGCCAUCGAGCUUAAGAUUAAAAAAGAUAGGGAGAUUGCACUGAAGGCCGGUCGUCGUCUGGUAAAAUGUGUCCCAGGUGACGAAAUUGUUAUAUCAGGAAUAUCUGGAAGUUUUCCUGAUUCCGAUGGACUUCCGAAUUUCGCCGAAAAUCUUUUCAACAAAGUGGAUUUAAUAACUGAUGAUGACAGAAGAUGGACUAUUGAACAUCCGGAAAUUCCUCAGCGAACUGGAAAAUUGAAUACAGUGAACAAGUUCGAUGCAGCAUUUUUUGGUGUCCAUUACAAACAAGCGCACACUAUGGACCCUAUGUGUCGUAUAAUCUUGGAAAAAUCAUAUGAGGCAAUAGUGGACUCGGGUAAUAACCCAAAGUCACUAAAAGGAUCUAAAACAGGAGUGUUCGUUGGAGCUUGCUUUAGUGAGUCAGAGAAAACUUGGUUUUAUGAAAAACUACAAGUAAACGGGUUUGGACUUACUGGAUGUGCUCGUGCUAUGCUUGCUAAUAGGAUUUCUUAUUGGUUAGGUAUUAAUGGGCCUAGUUAUUCAGUAGAUUCUGCUUGUUCUUCAAGUUUAUAUGCAUUAGAACACGCUUAUAAAUCCAUUCGGGAUGGGCACUGCGAUUCUGCAUUAGUUGGAGGCUGUAAUUUGUGUCUUCAUCCUUAUGUUUCUUUGCAGUUUGCACGUUUGGGCGUGCUCUGUAUGGAUGGCCGAUGUAAAUCGUUUGAUGAAGGUGCUAAUGGAUAUGUAAGGUCAGAGGCAAUUUGCGUCAUCUACUUACAAAAAUUGAAAAAUGCUAAACGAGUGUACGCAAAAGUCUUACAUGCUAAGACUAAUUGUGAUGGAUAUAAAGAACAAGGAAUAACUUAUCCUUCCGGACCAUUACAACAAAGAUUAUUAGAAGAGUUUUAUGAAGAAUGUGAGAUAAAACCCAGUAGCUUAGCUUGGAUAGAAGCGCAUGGAACAGGAACAAAAGUUGGUGAUCCAGAAGAAGUGAAAGCUCUAGAAAAUGUAUUUUGUCCUGGUCGCACAGAACCUUUAUUGAUUGGUUCUGUAAAAUCUAAUAUUGGUCAUACUGAGCCUGCUUCGGGUUUAUGUUCUGUAGCAAAAGUCAUCAUAGCUAUGGAAUCUGGUUUCAUACCCCCAAACAUUAAUUUUAAUACUCCUAGACAAGAUAUUACAGCGUUUUUCAAUGGCCGAAUAAAUGUGGUAACUGAUAAGACACCUUGGAAUGGGGGUUUAGUUGGUAUAAAUUCAUUUGGUUUUGGUGGUGCUAACUGUCAUGUACUACUCAAUUGGAACGAAAAAAAUAAAAUUAAUAAUGGACUUCCUGAAGAUGAUUUACCAAGAUUAGUUGUAGCAUCUGGUAGAACUGAAGAAGCUGUAACUACUUUACUUAAUGACUUUUUGUCAAGACCAUUGGAUAAGGAGUACGUUCGUUUAUUACAAGAUGUUCAAGCAGAUCAGAUCCCCGGACAUAUUUAUAGAGGAUAUACUGUAUUAUCAAAAGAUUUUAAAAAUAAUCACUCUAUAGAUUUGCAAUAUUAUUCCGGUGAACCACGGCCUGUAUGCUUCAUAUUUUCUGGUAUGGGUUCUCAAUGGACUAGAAUGGGUACAUCCUUGAUACAAUUACCUAUUUUCAAUGAAUCGAUUCUAAAGAGUCAUGAAAUUUUAAAAGCAUUGGGAAUUGAUUUAAUAUACAUAAUUACUAAUACUAAUUCAAACAUAUUAAAUAAUACAGUUAACUCUUUUGUGGGAGUUGUAGCCAUACAAAUUGCAUUGUUUGAUUUAUUGAUUGCUAUUGGUAUUACCCCUGACUUAAUUAUUGGCCAUUCGAUUGGAGAAUUUGCAUGUGCAUAUGCUGAUGGUUGUUUAACAGCUGAACAAGCUUUAAAAACUGCAUAUUAUUGUGGUUUAGCUGUAUUGAAUUCAAAGAUUUCUUUAGGUGCAAUGGCAAAUGUUGGUCUUGGAUAUAAUCAAAUUAAAGAUAUACUUCCAAUAAAUGUUGAAGUAGCUUGCCAUAGUUCACAAAAUAAUUGUACUAUAUCUGGUCUAAAAGAAUCUGUUGAACAAUUUGUUCUCAAACUAAAAUCAAAAGAUAUUUCGACACAAAUAAUAAAUUUACUAAAUACACCAUAUCAUACAAAGUUCAUUGGAAAAGCAAUUCCAUUAAUGGUAGAAUAUUUGAAAAAAGUCAUACCAAAUCCAAAAUUACGGUCUGAAAAAUGGAUAAGUACAUCAGUACCUGAAGAAAAUUGGUCAGAAAAUAUCGCAAAGUACUGUUCUGCUGAAUAUUGUGCAAAUAAUUUGUUAAACCAUGUAUUAUUUGAUGAAACCUUAAAACAUAUAUCAAAUGGAUCAAUACUUGUUGAACUAUCUCCACAUGGUAUUCUUCAAGAUACACUUGAUCGAUCAUUCAAGAAAAAUAUUACCAGUCUAGAUUUAGUAUCUAAAAAUAAUGAUGGACUUGGUUAUUUACUAUCAGCUAUUGGAAAAUUAUUUGAUGCUGGUCUCAAUCCAAAAAUCAGUAAACUUUAUCCCGACAUUGAAUUUCCCGUUAGUCGUGGUACACCAAUGAUUGCACCUUUAAUACGAUGGGAACAUUCAGAAGAUUGGUAUGUAACAAUGUAUCGUGUUCAAGACAAAAUUAAAUCUGGCGAACGUAAUAUUUCAAUUUCCUUGAAAGAAGAUGAAUUUGAAUAUUUAUCUGGUCACGUAAUUGACGGAAGAAAUUUAUUCCCAGCAACAGGAUACUUGGUUAUGGCAUGGGAGACACUUGCUUUGAUGCGAGGAGAUCUUUACACUGAAGUACCAGUUGUAUUUGAAAAUGUUCGCUUCCAAAGAGCAACGAAUAUUCCUAAAGAUGGCAAUGUAGAGUUUAUAGUAAUGGUUCAAAAAGGCAGUGGUGCAUUUGAAGUAGUAGAAAGUGGAGCUCCAGUUGUAACUGGUCGUUUAUACAUUCCUACUGAUGUUGAAAAAGAAAUGAUUGACAUGCCUCCACAUCCAUAUGAACUUAAAGAUACGGACUUGAACAGUAAAGAUAUUUAUAAGGAAUUAAGACUCCGGGGCUAUAAUUAUAAAGGACUCUUUAGAAGCUUAAAUCGAGUAAAUAUUGACGCCACUGUUGGACACGUUGGAUGGUUUAAUAAUUGGGUUGCAUUUAUGGAUAAUAUGCUACAAAUACAAAUACUAAGAGAAGAUACUAGAGCACUAUUUGUGCCUACAUCCUUACAAAAACUUUUCAUAAAUGUGAAAAAACAUUCUGUUCUAUUACAAACCCUUCCAGAAGAGAAACCGGAGUUCCCUGUUUAUGUGUAUCCAGAAAUAGAUCUUAUUCAAUCUGGCGGAGUAGAGAUUAGAGGACUCCAUGCAAAUGUAAUUGCUAAAAGAAAACCGUUAGCAGAUCCUGUUUUGGAAAAAUAUUUGUUUGUGCCAUAUGUUAUUAAAAUGGGUUACACAUUAGAAGAUAUAGUCCGAAUUUCUUUACAUUUAGUUAUUGAAAAUCUCAUGGAUAUCAAAAUUAAAACUGUUGAAAUUUUAAAUCAAAUGUUUGAUCCUGAUGCACAAAUUAUUAGUCCUAUUGUUCUUAAUGUUUUAGCUGAUUUACCACUUAUACAGCCAGAUGUAUCUAUCCUCUCUGAUGGAAAUCAUCCACAAUUAAAGGAACUUGCAUCUAAUAUAACAGUGGAAGAUAAAAAACUAUCUUCAGACCAAUCGGUAUUUUUUGUUGUUGGAUCAAGAUUAUUAGAUGAUUCUAAACUAUUAGAGCAAGCUUUUACUACGCUCAAACCUGGUGGAUUUUUGCUGACGCGUGAACCAAUACAUGUAGAAUUGUCGCUGGAUUCUGUAGAAGUCUGUUUAGAUGUUUUUAUGGAAAAAGAAAGAUUACUACUUGUUAGAAAGCCUUUAGAGCAAAAUGUUGUACCAAUUGUUAUUAAAAUAUCAAAUACAGACUUUUCGUGGAUACCUGUGCUUCAAAAAGUAUUAAAAACCGAUGAUGUUUCAGUAAAACAAAAAAUUAUUCUUGUCGCAGAAAAAGAUAACACAAAUGGUAUAAUUGGUCUAUUCAAUUGUAUCAGAAAAGAACCGGGUGGUGAUAGAACUAGAUGCGUAUUUAUAAUGGAUGAAUCUGUCCCAGAGUUUUCGUUGGACGAUCCAUUAUAUAAAACACAAUUAAAAAAAGACUUGGCAUUAAAUGUAUUCAAAAAUAAUGUCUGGGGAUCGUACAGACAUUUAUUACUUGAACCUCCAUCUUUAGUAGAAGUUCAUCAUUGUUACGUUAAUACAACUAUUCGUGGUGAUUUAUCCUCUUUGAAAUGGUUUACGGGUCCUAUUGUUCCGUUCAUACAAAAACCUGAAGAAUCUAAAUUAGUACAUGUUUAUUAUACUGCUUUGAACUUCAGAGACAUUAUGCUUGCUACCGCCAAACUCGCUCCUGAAGUUAUAGCAAGAGGCCGUAUUAAUCAAGAAAGUGUAAUUGGUUUCGAAUAUACUGGUCGCACAGAGCGUGGAGAUAGGGUUAUGGGAAUGAUAUCGUCACGAGCUUUAACAAAUAUACUUGAAUAUGAUCCAUAUUUAUCAUGGAAAGUACCUGACCAUUGGUCGAUGGAAGAAGCAGCGACUGUACCAGUUGUUUAUGGAACAGUCAUAUACGCUUUGGUUGUCAGUGGUCGAAUAAAACGGGGUGAUUCUAUACUUAUACAUGCUGGAACUGGUGGAGUUGGUCAAGCUGCUAUAACUUUAGCUCUUUAUUAUGAGUGUCAAGUUUUCACAACAGUCGGCACGCCAGAAAAAAGGGAGUUCAUCAAAAAUAAUUUCCCACAGAUCCCUGAAAGUCAUAUUGGAAAUUCAAGAGAUACUUCAUUUGAGCAAAUGAUCAUGAUGGAAACUGAUGGAAAAGGAGUAGAUAUGGUGUUGAAUUCGUUGUCCGAAGAAAAACUUUUAGCUUCAGUUAGAUGUUUAGCAAUUGGUGGACGGUUUUUGGAAAUCGGCAAAUUUGAUUUAGCCAAUAACAGCAUGCUAGGUAUGGAAGUAUUUUUAAAAGAAAUUAGUUUUCACGGUGUUAUGUUGGACACUUUGUUCGACAGUCCAGAUGAAUGGAAAGUAGCACUUCAACGACAAGUACAGGAAAAUAUUGAUUCUGGAGCUAUAAAACCAUUGGUACGUACAGUUUUUGAAAGCGAUCAAGUAGAGCAAGCUUUUAGGUACAUGGCUGCCGGUAAACAUAUUGGAAAGGUACUUAUAAAAAUUCGAUCUGAAGAAAAAGAGUCUUUUAUUAAACCUCUACCUAUUACUAAAAUGGCUUAUCCAAGAGUACUAUUUGAUAUGAACUCAUCUUGUAUUAUUUGUGGUGGUCUUGGCGGUUUUGGUAUGGAACUGGCUGACUGGAUGGCGUUGCGUAACUCAAGGAAUAUUGUUCUUACCACAAGAACAGGUAUCCGUAAUGGAUAUCAAGCACUGAGAAAAAAAAUAUGGGAAUCUUAUGGUGUGAAUGUGGUUAUUUCAACAGCUGAUAUUACUACAGAAGAAGGUGUAAAACAAUUACUUAACGAAGCUAAUCAACUGGGGCCAGUUUCUACUAUUUUUAAUCUUGCCGUAGUUUUAAAAGAUUCGUUAUUUGAGAACCAAACAGAAGAAGAUUUUAAAGCAUCAGCAGGUCCUAAAGCUAUUGCUACAUCAUUACUCGACAAAUAUUCAAGAAUAAUGUGUCCGGAGUUAAAACAUUUUGUUAUCUUUUCGAGUGUAAGUUGUGGUCGUGGUAACGCUGGUCAAACUAAUUAUGGUAUGUCCAAUUCUGUAAUGGAAAGAAUAUGCGAAAUUCGUCAUGCUGAAGGUUUACCAGCUUUAGCUGUUGAAUGGGGAGCUGUUGGUGAAGUAGGUCUUGUGGCCGAUAUGGCCGAAGACAACCAAGAAGUAGUCAUUGGUGGUACGUUGCAACAAAAAAUCGGCAAUUGUUUAGAGAUAUUGGACGAUUUAUUAACUCAAAAAAAACAUCCUAUUGUCUCGAGCAUGGUAGUUGCUGAAAAACGUGCAUCCAGUAGUAAUGCAGGCACUAUUGUUGACACAGUAAUUAACAUAUUAGGUCUUAGAGAUUUAAAAACUAUUAGUUUACAUUCAACAUUAGCUGAGUUGGGUAUGGAUUCAAUGAUGGCUGUAGAAAUUAAACAAACAUUAGAAAGACAGUUUGAAGUAUUUUUAACACCCCAAGAUAUCCGAAGUAUGACAUUUGCAAAAUUGCAAGAAAUUGGAUCUUCAGAUGAUAAAGAUAAAAAAACUGGUGAUAUUAUACCAAAGUCAAUAAAUGAAAUUUCUGAUGGAGGGUUGAAUUACCUUAUACGAGCUAUUGGAGAUGAAUCAUCUGCUUAUGAGUUAGUUAUGCGCAUACCGUCAUUAUGUGAAAAUGGUUCUACAGUUGAACGACCUACUACCGAGGUCCUUACUUUAUUCGUUAUACCCGGUCUUGAAGGUAUUGCUACAAUGAUGGAACCUUUAGCAAAAAAUUUAAAUAUGCAAGUCUUAUGUUUGCAAUAUGAUAUUGUUGGUACAUCGUUGACUAUUGAAGAGAUGGCCGCAGCUCAAUAUGCAUUAAUUGAUCAAAGACUCUCAGCUGAUCAAGAAUAUUAUGUUGUGGGCUAUUCAUUUGGUGGACUAAUUGCUAUUGAAGUUUUAAAAUUGUUAGAAAAAAGUAACCGCAAAGGUAAAUUGUGGUUAAUUGAUAGUGCUCCACAAUUUCUGAAGAUGUCUACUGAGAUGGCUUUCCGCAGUGAAAAACCACAAGAUCACGAAAUGCAAGUACAAAUAAUUAUGAGAUUCCUUGAUUUAGUUUGGCCUCAUAAUAAAAAUGUUUUUAUAUCUGAACUCUACGAGAUGAAAACGUGGGAAGAACGUGUUAAUUAUUUCAUUCAAAAAGUCCCUGAUGAUGUAACCUACUCUAAAAAUUAUCAAAAGCAAUUGAUAAACUGUGCUUUUAUUAAAAUGAAAGCAAUUUUAAAUUAUAAUGGAAAACCUUCUGGUACCUUAAAAACUACUACUAGGUUAAUUCGUCCUACUGAACAAGUCUUACCAAUAACUGAAGAUUAUGGACUUUCAGAGUAUUUCGAAUCUCCAGUCAUGGUACAUUUCAUUGAAGGAAAUCAUUAUUCAAUAUUAGAGAACAAAAAAAUUGGUGAGCUUAUUAUAGAAUCCUUGUCACCCAAAGUUUUGUAAAUAAUCAUUAUAUGAGCAUUUUAUUCAAUCGAUUUAUUUAUUUUAAUUAAUAAAAACAUAGUUCGUAAUUA